AUGCCGGCCAUGGACAGUUACACGUCCCUCGUCUCCUCUCCCAUGACCCUCGCGCAGAGGAAACAUCUGCUCAAACAACUUCAAGAUGCCUCGACCAUUUCCAGUCUCCGCAGGCCAGAGAUUCUCAUGGACUUCUUCGUCGAUAGCCUUGACAUGGGGGAUCUGGCACUCGCAGUCCCAGCACUCACAGGCCUCUUCCACUUGAUCACAACCCGCAAUCUCGACUACCCAUCGUUCUAUCCCCGACUCUAUGCCUUACUAGACAAGGAUCUCUUGCACAGCAAAUAUCGGUCGCGCGUAUUGCGACACCUUGACGUCUUCUUGUCACCAACAAACCACUUGCCUGCGGCCACGGUCGCGAGCUUCAUCAAGCGUCUUUCACGGCUAUGUUUAUUCGCACCACCAUCUGCCAUUGUCGCAAUCAUACCCUUCAUAUACAACCUUCUCAAGACACACCCUACCACCACCUUUAUGAUCCACCGGAACCCGUAUCCGCCAUACACAAAGUUCAAGUACAACCUGGGCAAUGAUCCUUAUGAUCCCACCGAGCCGGACCCUCAACUGACUGGCGCAAUUGACAGUUCCUUGUGGGAACUUGAGACCUGCCAGUCCCACUACCACCCUACCGUCGCGAGCAUAGCCAGAAUCAUAUCUGAACAGUUCACGAAGCAACAGUACAAUUUGGAGGACUUUCUGGAUCAUGGCUACGCGAGUAUGAUGGAGAGCGAAUUUAAGAAACAGGACAAGAAGCCGCCUGUGGUGGAGUACAAGAUACCAAAGAAGAUUUUCUCAGAUGCCAGCGACGAUGAGGCUGAGAACGAAAAGGGAGAGGAUCCUCUGAUGGACCUAUGGACCUUUGAUUGA